CUGCGAGUUUUGUUCGCAGAGCACAGAUGCGUCGAGUCGGCAAAAAUCCGAGCCAAAUACCCUGACCGCGUCCCGGUCAUAGUGGAGAAGGUCUCGGGAUCUCAGAUCGUUGAUAUUGACAAGAGGAAGUAUUUAGUUCCAUCUGACAUCACUGUGGCCCAGUUCAUGUGGAUCAUCAGGAAGAGGAUUCAACUGCCAUCUGAGAAAGCAAUAUUCCUCUUUGUAGAUAAGACUGUCCCACAAUCCAGCUUAACUAUGGGACAACUUUAUGAGAAGGAGAAGGAUGAGGAUGGAUUCUUGUACGUUGCCUACAGUGGAGAGAACACAUUUGGUUUCUGAAUCCUGGGUCUUGGCUGCUACACCAUCCUGCUGCGUAUCUUGUAAAUAGCUGAUCAUUUUCUGUUAUGACAUCCACAGACGUUCCUUCUAUAUACAUGCAUUUGUAACUGGAUUUAUUUCCUAAUAUACUGAUAGGUCUUGUUUUAUUAGACUGGUAAAUUAUCAAAAUUUUAUUUUAUUUGUUUUUUGUUGUGCAUUUUUUUCUCAUGGCUGUGAAUCCCCAGAGCCUCACUUCUUUGGGGGAUAUGUUUAACAACAUUGAUUAAGUAAUAAAGCAAAGUAGUUGGGCUACUAAAAGAUAAAAAGGAGGAAUAUGCAUUUAUUCUGAUUUUGUUUUGAGGUAUUAGUUUAGCAACAAAUGAAAGUGUUAAAUUAGUAAUGGGAGCGCUGGCUUUGCUAGAUUAUUCUGAGUAGUAGAAAGAUGCUGAUCAUGUUGAAUUGAGCUAAUGUUUUCCUUUUCUCAAUUAACAAACAAGUACAAUAAAAAUUCCUCCCACAAACAGGCAA